AUGAGAGCUCUUCCUGACGAACAGCAUUUUGCAAAAUGGCUUCUCGAUGUUGGAGACGGGACAAUUGGAACACCUGUAACAUUACCGUCACAUUCUUUCCCUCUUCAUUCUGAUCCCGUUCAAUUACUAUAUGACGACAUCGACUUCUCCACUGUCACUUCGGAACAACUCAGUACACGAGCUAUUUUAAGUGUCACGAACGAAGACUCCCUGCACCUGAAUGAACAAGUAUUGAAACUUAUCCCAACCGACGAAGUAACUUUCACCAGCGUUGACUCCAACGUCACAGACGAUCCCGCAGAUGAACUUUCCUUCCCCGUAGAAUUUCUUAACAGUCUUACCCCUACUGGCAUGCCUUCGCAUAAACUCAAAAUUAAAAUUGGUUCAGUUGUCAUGCUUCUUAGAAACCUCAUGCCAGCAAGAGUUCUCUGUAAUGGCACUAGACUGACUGUUACCAGCAUUCACCGCAACGUACUGGAGUGUAAAACUAUCGCAGCUGCUACCUCGCAAACUGUCCUUAUUCCACGGAUAUCAUUGACUCCAUCAGAUUCAAAUUAG